AUGAAUGCUAGCGGUGAUGUCGCCACGGACUCCUACCACAAGUGGAGGCAGGACAUCGACAUGGCUUCCGACUUGGGGUUGCAAUUCUACAGAUUCUCUCUGUCCUGGCCGCGGCUCCUCCCAACUGGCUACACGAACAUAAGGAGCGAGGAUGGAAAGAAAUAUUACAAUAACCUUAUCAAUGGUCUACUGGAGAAAGGCAUAGAACCCGUAGUGACCAUGUUCCACUGGGACCUGCCCCAGAAUAUUCAGGACCUUGGUGGCUGGACAAAUCCCCUAAUAACCGACUGGUUUGCGGAGUACGCGCGCUACGCGUUUGAGAGCUUCGGUGACCGGGUGAAGACAUGGCUCACCAUCAACGAGCCGCUGGUCUACUGCGACUUAGGCUACAACUCGGGGACCUUAGCGCCUGGGAUCAAGGAGCCAAUCUUCGGGCCCUACCUCUGCAACAAGCACAUGAUGAUCGCCCACGCGAAAGCCUACAGGAUCUACGAUAAUAACUUCAGGUUGAAGCAGCAAGGUAAAGUGUCGAUUUCCAACAAUCUGGUGUGGCUGGAGCCAUUGAACCCUGAAGACGAAGCUCUGGCUGAGUUAGGGCGAGAGCAUUGCACCGGCCGGUACUCCCAUCCGAUAUACUCCAAGAAGGGCGGCUGGCCCCCAUCGAUCGAGAAGGCGAUGGCUGAGUACAGCCUCAAGCAGGGUUUCAACUCGUCAAGGCUGCCAGCUUUCACCAAAGAAGAGAUAAAACUCAUAAGAGGCUCGUACGACUUCUACGCACUGAACCAAUACACCACCAAGCUGAUCAGGCCCGUCAAAGCCGGCGAGGACCCAGGGUUCUGGUUCAACACUGGCUCCAAGGAGAUCGGUGCGGUGCUCCAGUCGGACCCUGCCUGGCCCUUCGAUGCUACGAGCGUGCUCGCGGUGCAUCCCGAGGGGCUUCGUAAACAAAUAGCGUGGCUGGUGAAGAAGUACGGCAAUUUGGGAUUCCUCAUCACCGAGAACGGCUAUUCGACCACCGGGAGUGAACUGAACGACAUCAAAAGAGUAGAGUACAUCAGAGACUACUUGGAGCAGUUGCUUUUGUCUAUAUGGGUGGACGGCGCAAAAGUUUUUGGCUACAGCUACUGGUCACUAAUGGACAAUUUAGAAUGGUCACAAGGCUAUGACGCAAAGUUCGGCCUGUACGAAGUGGACUUUGAGGACGCAGAGCGGACGAGGACGCCGCGCGCCUCCGCGCAGUACUACUCGAACGUGAUUCGAACCAACACUAUAGACUGCGACUACGGGCCGGCAAACGGGUCGCAACCGCUGCGCCGUCACCGCCGCAGGGGCCCCGAGAAUGGGGCGCGAUGCAACGCGGCUGGAUUCGCCGUCGCUGUGAUUUCCGUCGCCUUUGCGUUUCUACUGCGACCAGCCCAAGCUAGUCUAGCG